AUGCAAUCUCCUCAUAGAUUAUAUUCUGCCUAAAAAACAUUCACUUCUAGAAAUAUGGAAACCAAACCGUCUUUCUUCAUAUCUAAAAGUAUGUAUAAGUUUUUAUCGAUUUUUAUUAAAAGAAGCUAAAUUAUCCAAAAAAUAAAAAGAAAUCGAUAAUCUAAAUGAAUAAUUAUUAAUUGUCAAGCAAUCAAAUAAUUUAUUAUUUGAAGAAAACAAACAAUUAAAAUAACAAAUAUUGCACUUUGAGGUUUUUUAUGCAUUUUUUACUUAGAAAUAAUUAAAUAAAUAAGAAAAGUUACUCAUUUUGAAUAAAUAAUCAAAAGCUGAAUCUAAACAUAGUGAUUUAGAUCUAUAAAUUAGAAUGAAAACAGAAGAAGUAUAAUAAAAUCAUAUAUCCAAGUCAUGUUCCAUUAUUGCAUAUCAAAAAUAAAUUAAAGAUUAUAAAGCUAGAGAAAAGUUUAAUUUAUAGUAAAUUGAAGAACUUAAAAGAGAUACAAAAAGAACUAAACUAUAAGAAUGCUAGGUUAAGUAUUAUUCCUAUUGUUUCAGAUAGAAUGUAAAGUCAUUAAAGAAGAGUAUGAUAAAUUGAAAUUUAAAUAUUAAGCAUUAAUUCAUUAGAUGUAUCUCUUAAAAUUAAAUUUUUUAGUUAAUUUAGUUAAAAAGAUCAAUUACUGAAAGAUAAUAUUAAAAUUAGCUAAGAAUUACUCAUUUCUCAAUAAAAACUUUAGGAAUUACAAUUAUAUAAUAAAAAAAUAUAGUAGGAAUUACAUCAAUCAGAUUUCAAAAGAAUUAGAAGUGAAAAGAUAGUUUUAGAUAAGGAAAAAGAAUUACAACUUAUACAAUUUGAAUAUAGCAAUCCAAAAAAAACGAUCAGUGAUUUAAAUCGACAAUGGUAAAUCAGAUUAGAAAACUAAAAAUUAAUUCAGCAAUAAAUUGAAGAAGAAUUAAGAUUAAGAAAUGAAAAAAUCAAUUUAUUAGAAAAAACAUUAAAAGAGGAAAAAUCUGUUUAUUAACUUAAAGAAUCAUUUUAUAAAAGAGAGAUAGAUAGUUUAAAUAUUUAGAUUGGAUAAUUGAAAGAAACAAUAUAACAUUUGGAAAAGGAGUAAAUGGUGGAACAAAGUUCUGAUGAAUAAGAUUCUUAAUCUGAAAAAUCUGUAAGAUAAACAUCCUAAUCUUAUCAAAAAUAAAAAACUUAAUUAUUAAUGAGUAGAAAAAAGAUAUAAAAAGUAAGUUCUUCCGAAGUAGAGAUUAUUGGUAAAGAAAUAGCAUUGAAAUUCUAAUUAGCUUAAAUACCUUUUUCAAGAUUAGAUUCAUAUAUUUAUUCUAAAUCUUCAAGAGGUAUAAUAAAUUUAAGUGAAAUUAAUGAGAUACUUAAAUAAUAUCCAUUUGAUUUGCCUGAUGAUUAAUCUUUAUUAGUAGCAAGAUUUCUUGCUGAACCAGAAUAAGAAGAAUGGAUUUAUUAUGAUAGUUAUUAAACAAAUGAUGUUGUUAUUGUUAUAAGUAUCUUAAGGAAUCUGAUUAAACCUUUUGAAUUAAUCAAUCCACAAUUCUAUGAUAAUUUAUAUUAAGAAUUAAAAUAGAUUUUUAAGCUUAAUAAGAAUAAAUUAGUUGAUUAUCUAGUAUUAAAUGGGGAUAAUUGUGAUCUAACUUAUUUUAAGAAGGCAUUUGAAUAUUGUGAUAUUCCAUUAACACAAGAGUAUAUUAGUAUUUUAUUUUAGAUAAGAAAAUUAUAUUUCUAUUAAAAUGUAUGAAAAGUAUAAGAGAAUCACUAAUUUAAAAUACUAAGAAAUUAUUGAUUACUUUAAAUGA